AUAAAGUGAACCGGUUCUUCUUUGAACAUGUUUUUCUUCAAUUUUAAUAUUUCAGUCCUUCAAAGGAGCAAAUCUUACCCUAAAAAUUGUUAAUUUUAGUAAAAUUUUGUGCAAUUUUACAAAUUUUGUUGCACAGUGUAAAAUUGACGGAUGCGACAUUGGUACGCUUAGUCGACGAUUUUAUCAAAAUCUCCGGGUGGAUCAUUUCCAAUGUGGUUGAUUUUUCUUAAAAACUGUGAAAAUAUCCUUGAUCCUGUAUAAUUGGUUGUUAAUAUGGAUCCUGGAGUGAUCAAGAGACUCGAUGAAGUUGUUGUGAACAAAAUUGCUGCUGGUGAGGUUAUCCAACGACCGGCAAAUGCCCUCAAGGAGCUCAUUGAGAAUUGCUUGGAUGCCAAGGCGACGCACAUUGAGGUGACAGUCAAGUGUGGUGGCAUGAAGAUGCUGCAGAUCCUGGACAAUGGUACGGGGAUCCGAAAGGAAGAUCUUGGGAUUCUCUGUGAACGCUUCACGACAUCCAAGCUGGAGAGAUUCUACGAAUUACCCACAAUAUCCACUUAUGGUUUCCGUGGAGAAGCCCUGUCCAGCAUCAGUCAUGUUGCCCAUUUAAAGAUUCAGACAAAGACGCGGGAUUCUGUUUGCGCCUACAAGGCUCAGUAUGAGAAUGGAGUGCUGAAGGGUCCUCCAGUGCCGUGUGCGGGGAAUCAGGGAACAAUUGUCACAGCUGAGGAUCUCUUCUACAACGUUCCACAGCGAAAGAAUACCCUCCGGACGCCAAAUGAUGAGUAUCAGUUGAUCUAUGGUGUGGUCAGCAAGUAUGCCAUCCACAAUCAUCGUGUUGGUUUCAUCCUCCGGAAGUUUGGUGAGAGUCCUGCCAUGCGAACAGCCCCUAAUUCGGAACUUCUGGACAAUAUUCGAGUGAUUUAUGGGAAUUCCGUGGCUUCUGAGCUCAUUCCCAUUGAUUUCACGGAUCCUUCGCUAAAAUUCUCCGUCAAGGCACAAGUUUCCAAUGGAAGUCAUGCGAUGAAGAAGGGAAUCUUUUUGCUUUUUAUCAAUAAUCGCCUUGUGGAUUGUGAAGCUCUCAAAACAGCCAUAAAUGAACUCUACACCUCCUUCCUGCCAAGUGGAUCGUACCCAUUCAUCUAUAUGAGUCUCAAUGUGGAGCCCCUGUCGCUGGACGUCAAUGUCCAUCCUACAAAACACGAAGUUCACUUCCUGCAUGAAGAUUCGAUUAUUGAGAAAAUUGUCCGGAAGAUUGAGGAGAAACUCCUCGAAGGGAAAGCUUCCAAGACUUUCUACACGGAAUCUCGGCUGCCAUCGCAGAGCAAAGCGUCAGAAAGCAAAUCGGAGAAGAAAUCUUCCUCGGAAGAGCCCAAGGAGCCCAAGAUUGUCCGGACAGACACGCGAGAGGUGAAGAUUGAGAAAUAUCUCAUGACGUCCCUUUCCCAGUCCGUCGUGCAAAAUAUUCCGGAAGCAGAUGGGAAGAAAGAAGGGAGAAAGGUGACAAAGUUGACAAGUAUUCUGACACUACGGAAAGCCGUGGAGGACAGUGCCAGCAGAGAGCUGAGAAAGAUCAUCAGAGAAUCGAGUUUUGUGGGUGCUGUGGACAGGGAACAAUUCCUCAUUCAGUGUCAGGAUAAAAUGUACCUCUGUGACACCCGGAAGCUCACCAAGGAGCUCUUUUAUCAGAUCUUUCUCUACGAUUUUGAGAACUUCGGGAAGAUUGAACUGGAAGAGCGUCUGAGUCUGGAGGAAUUGGCACAGGUGGCAUUGGAUAGUGAAGAGAGUGGCUGGACAGAGGAGGAUGGUGACAAGGAUGACCUGGUGCAGAGAAUUGUGGAGAUUCUCUGCGAAAAAUCCCCCAUCAUGAAGGAAUAUUACAAUCUAACGAUAAAUCGCCAUGACAGGACGCUGGAAACCCUGCCGCUCCUUCUACCUGGCUACACACCUCCCAUUAGCCAUCUAGCAAUGUUCCUCUUGCGUAUAGCCACGGAAGUUGAGUGGGAAAGCGAAAAGGAAUGCUUCGAGACGUUGAGUUCGGAAUUGUCGCGAUUUUACUCACAAAUUGAAUUCUUCCCACCAGAAGAGGAAGUCUAUGCAACAUUGGAACACAUCCUCUACCCUGCCAUGAAGGAAUAUCUCAUUCCACCUGAAGAUUUUGCCUCAAAUAGAGCAUUCCUGGAAGUUGCAGCUCUUCCGGAACUCCACAAAGUUUUCGAAAGAUGCUAAAAUGUUAAUUUUUCCUAAAUUAAAGUUUAUUUUUUCACAAAAA